AUGCAGCAACUUAAUAUCCUUCUAUCAACAUUCCUCGUCUUUUUAUUGGCAAUCGCUGGGGUCAAUAGCUAUGCUAUUGAUUCCAAUCACCGCCACGAGUUCGUGAAACGUUAUGUCCCUGAUCGUGUCGCCCCACGUCAAGCUGCGUCUGCGUCUCCGUCUCCAACACCGCGCCAGCCUGGAACGGUCGCCAACUGCUUGAAAUGGCGUUACACCCAGAUGUCAGGCACCGUUGCCGAUACUUGUGAUAACAUUGUGACUCGCUUCAAGUCUAUCGGUCUUACUAAGGCGAAUUUGAUCAAGUGGAACCCUGCAUUGAAGAAUGAUUGUUCAGGGUUCCAGCUCAGGUACUACCUCUGUGUUCAGGCCGGACCGGCGCCUACAACCACGACUACUGCCAAAACCACUACGACGACCACUGCCGAGACUACGUCUCCAACACCGCGCCAGCCUGGAACAGUCGCCAACUGCUUGAAAUGGCGUUACACCCAGAUGUCAGGCACCGUUGCUGACACUUGUGAUAACAUUGUGACUCGCUUCAAGUCUAUCGGUCUUACUAAGGCGAAUUUGAUCAAGUGGAACCCUGCAUUGAAGAAUGAUUGUUCAGGGUUUCAGCUCAGGUACUACCUUUGUGUUCAGGCCGGACCAGCGCCUACAACCACGAAGACUACAGCGCCUACAACAACCACCAAGUCUACCACUAAGAGCACGACGACAAGCUCGAAGACUACCACCAAGAGCACUACAACCAGCUCAAAGACUACCACGACAAGCCCAAAGACUACCACAACCUCAAGUUCCAAGACUACAACGUCUUCCACUUCGACCACCCGUGCUUUGCCAGCUGCCACUCAAAGCGGUCAAACUGAAAGAUGUAUCAACUGGCGCUAUGUCAAACCGGAAGAUACUUGCGAGAACAUCGUUGAACGCUACAAGAAUACUGUAGAUAAACUCACCCUUCCAACCCUCCUACAAUGGAAUCCAGCCUUGAAGGAUGACUGCUCCGGCCUUACUGUUGGGUACUGGGUCUGCGUCCGAGUCGAACCAUACUGGAUCGAUUCCAUCAAACACCAAGGAAAAACUCCAUACGCUGAGAGCGGAUACCAAGUCUACCGUAACGUCAAGGACUUCGGUGCCAAAGGUGACGGUGUUACAGAUGAUACAGCUGCAAUCCAAAAUGCUAUCGCAAGCGGUAACAGAUGCGGUUUGGGUUGUGAUUCUUCUACCACAAAGCCCGCUUUGGUCUUCUUCCCCCCCGGAACAUACAUUGUCUCCCGCGCCAUCAUCACUUAUUACCAAACCCACAUGAUCGGUGAUCCAUUCGAUCUUCCAAGAAUCAAGGCUGCCCCAUGGUUUGAAGGUUACGCUGUCAUUGAGGGUAAUCCUUACUAUGCCCCGGAUAAGAACUGGCAUGGACCUACAAACAACUUCUACAAAGUUGUCCGUAACUUCAUCAUUGAUACCACCGCUAUGGCACCUGAUGCAUACGGCACUGGUAUCCAUUGGCAAGUCGCCCAGGCCACCAGCUUGACCAACAUCAUCUUCUACUCCAACCCCGCACCAGGAACUAGACACCAAGGUCUCUAUAUCGAAAACGGUUCCGGCGGAUACAUGUCCAACCUUGUCUUCAACGGUGGUAAAUUCGGUGCAUGGAUCGGUAACCAACAAUUCACUCUCCGAAACUUCACCUUCAACAACUGCGACACCGGUAUCUUCCUCGUCUGGGGUUGGGUUUGGCAUCUCAAGUCCAUGACCUUCAAUAAUAACCGCGUGGGUAUCGACAUGACAGCUAAGAACAACACCGGCGUCCUCCAAGUCGGCUCCGUCGUCCUCUCCGACUCUAACUUCAACAACGUUGAAAUCGCUAUCGCAUCCGACAAGUCCGUCGGUGAAACUCCAAAGUCCAUCAACACCCUUGCCAUUGACAACAUCAGCAUCAACAACUGCCCCGUCAUUGUCGGCGUCUCAGGAUCCACUCCAAAACUCGCAGGAACAUCUGGCACAAUGACCGUCACCUCAUGGGUCCAAGGCCGUAGAUACACCCAAUCCGCUCAAAAUGGUCAAGACCUCGUAGGUCCAAACACCGGCUUUGUUCGCCCUGCCGGUCUCCUCGACUCCAACGGCAAGAUCCUCGAACGCAGCAAGCCAAACUAUGAAACUUACAACAUUUCUCAAAUCCUCUCCGUCCGUGACUUAGGCGUAAAAGGUGAUGGCACAACCGACGACACCGCAGCCCUCCAAGCAGCAAUCAACAAAGCCGCCGCAGAAUCCAAAGUCUUAUACAUUGACUACGGCGUCUACGUCGUCACUAACACCAUCACUGUCCCAUCGAACUCUAGAAUCAUGGGUGAAACAUGGCCUGUAAUCCUCGCUUCUGGCAGCGCUUUCUCAAACAUGGCAAGUCCAAGGGUAGUAGUCCAAUUCGGUAGCGCCGGAGAAACCGGUUUCAUCGAAGGGACAAACUUCAUCGUCGCCACCCGUGGUCCAAUGGCCGGUGCGAUCUUGAUGCAAUGGAACCUAGCUUCAACCGGUGAAGUCUCAGGUCUUUACGACGUCCACGCCCGUGUAGGUGGCUUCGCAGGUUCAAACCUUGACGCAAACACUUGUCUCAAAACCCCAGGUUCCACCGCCAUCAAAACAAGUUGCGUAGGAGCAUACAUGCUCAUGCACAUCUCCAAAACCGCCAGCCGUGUCGUUUUUGAAAACACCUGGUGGUGGACCGCAGAUCACGAUCUAGACCUCCCCGCGCACGAUCAAAUCACCGUCUUCGUCGGUCGUGGAGUAUUGAUCGAAUCCACCCAACCCAUCUGGCUUUACGGUACCGCAUCGGAACAUAACGUUCUCUACCAAUACCAACUUACAAACGCAGCGAACGUUUACAUGGGUAUGAUCCAAACCGAGACUCCAUACUACCAAUCAAACCCAGUUGCUCCAGCCCCAUUCACCGUCAACUCCGCCUGGAACGAUCCGGACUACAACAGCAUCUGCACUAGUCUCGGAGGUGCAUCAACCUGCAAGAAGAGCUAUGGCUUAAGAACUCAAAACUCGAGUAACAUCCUUAUCUAUGGCGCCGGUCUGUACAGUUUCUUCGAGAAUUAUAACCAAGCCUGCUUGAGCAACGAGUCUUGCCAGAAGUACAUGAUCUCCUUCGAGAACACGAGUAACAUCAGACUCUACGCCCUAACGACCAAAGGAAGCGAGACCUUGUUGACAGUUAAUAACGCUUGGAGCGUACCAUGGACCCCUAAUGCGAACAUAUUCGGAGCAACAAUUGGAUUGUACCAAAAUCCAGCUUAA